CCUACCUGAUUCCGCGGGUUUUCCCCAUCAGAAUAUUCUUCUCGGUUUUUCCUCCCAGCUCUAAACCUAAUUUCUUCUAGCAGAUGUACAGAUACAUAAAUCUACAAAAAAAAUAUUUAAGUUGCCUAGGCGGUUUAUUGAAUCACAAAUCCGAUCGCACUGCAUUAUUUCUUUGUUCAGAGAGAUAACAUCUGGAUUAGUUAUGAGGAAGUGAACAACUUUUAAUUCUCCCUUGUUUCCGGUUUGGUUGGUAUUAAUAAGGCCAGCGUUCAGUGGUGAAGUCAUAAAGCAAGAAAACGGCUGACUCUUGAGUUUGAAAAGGAGGGGCCAGAAUGGCGCUUGUUGCUUGGAGUCAAAUUCUUGUGAAUCUGCUCACUAUCGCUGUAUGCACUACAUCAACAUCAGCCACCGUACAAAUGUCGCUCAACGUUCAAGAUGCAUUCCCGGUGAGAUACUCCACCGUUGAGCUGACCUGUUCCUGUACCGGUCGCUGUCAUCUCAGCGAGCAGAGCGUUGUUUGGACGAAGGGCGGACAGCCGGUGGCCCAGUGGCCCGAGACGCCUGGUUUCCAGACACCAGCCAAGUACGAGCUAUCCCACUUGGAUCUCGACAGUGAUGGGUUCUUUGCCUUCAUGGAGAUCAAGUCGAUAGAUACAGCAGACAACGGUCUGUAUAGAUGCCGGCUUCAGAGUGAUGGGACAGUCCACUUUCAGUCCAACCAGAAAGAGCUGACGAUCGAACAACGACCCUCCAGCGAGUAUCCGGAAUGUACGGUCCGGCCAGUCCGCGGUGGCAAGGCACUUAUCUGUGAUUCGGAGAGGGGAAGUCCGCCGGUCUCCCUUCAGUGGUGGAAAGACGGACAACCUCUCGAGCAGUCUACGCCCGAUGAUGACUUGGAGGACUUUGUCCAGGCUCGCUUGUUGGUGGCGGAUGACGAAUCAAGCAGAGGAAGGUUCGAGUGCGCCUUGACAUUCAGGGGAGAGCUUACCGGAUCUUGCAUCCUGGACCGACCAAACGUGACGAUUCCAACCACCACGAGCGGACUGAGCGUCGGACAAGAUUUGGUCGUCGUCUGCGUUACUUCUGGCAAUCCGGCGUCUACCGUUGACUGGAACUUCAGACCUAAUCUCCAAGCCUCUGUCAGAAAGGAGGGACACGUGCUGACGAUAAAUAACGUGAGCUCCCGCGACAAUGGAACUGAGAUAAUUUGCGAGGGACACAAUGCAGUUGGCAGCAAUCAGGCAAGUACUGUGAUAACCUUACGACCUCUUCAAACCACAGUGCAGCCAAUAGCAGUCCAACUUGAACAAACCAAAAUACCGACAUCGGUUGACGAACAGGCCCAGUUUAAGUGCGUUACGAUUCCCGCUCGCUUGCCCCUUCCCCCUUGUGUAUGGCACUACAAUGGUCUUUACAUCGAUCCCUCCAAUACCACUGACAGGUUCCUCGUGGAGGAUCGUUCAGAGCACGUCCUGUCAGUAUCUAGUGUUUCGACCCUGGAUGUAGGAGCCUCGGUCACUUGCCGCAUCACGAUCAGUUACCAGCCCAUCGCAGAAGUUGUCCUUAAGACGGGCUUUCCACUGACCACUGAGGCCAUGACUGUAGCCACGACCAGCAAACCAUCAGUCCCGCUGAUGCCUAAACUGGACGAUUCGUCAAAUCCGUGGAAAUUUGACAUCAGGUCGCAGUUUGGAUACAUCAUAGGAGGCCUGAUGUGUUUGGUCCUUAUCGGAAUUGGCUGUUGGGUCGCUCUGAAGGCCAAGUCACUCCUGUGGAACAAGCGAGACACCAAGAGCUCCCGGAGUAGUGGUGCGGACGUCAAGGCCUCCUGCAUCCGCCUAGAUGAGAACAAUUUCAUGGUUGACAUCGGGAUGGCUCGUCCAGCGUUCCCGAACACAUCCUUACCUCCACCCCCUUCGCUGGUGACCAAACAGGUUUCGCUGGAGCAAGAGUCACCGUAUCAAGAUCUGGAGGACGUGUCUCGCCAACUGCAGCACAACGACUACCAGCGCCUCAUCAGUAACGUCUGGAUGCCACCUCCUGUGUCGUGUUGCAAGGAGUGAUUGCAAUCAACCACAAACUAUUCCAAAACAAUAACUGACUGCAGGUAUACAGGGUGAGUAAAAAAAAA